AUGCAAUACUCCAAACUCGCUGUCUUGUCCGCUGCCGCCGGAACUGCUUUGGCUGGUUACCAAAACUCAACUGCACCAGUCUCCACCAACACUGAAGUUGAAACCACUGUCGUUACUAUCACUUCAUGUAAGGAAGAUAAAUGUACUCAAGUUCCAGUCACCACUGGUGUCACCACUGUCACCGAUGUUGAAACUACCUACACCACCUUCUGUCCAUUGCCAACCACUGAAGCUACAGUUCCAGCUGAAACUGAAACUGAAGUAGAAACUACUGUUGUCACCAUCACUUCAUGUGAAGAAAACAAAUGUACUGAAGUUCCAGUCACCACUGGUGUCACCACAAUUACCAAUGUUGAAACUACCUACACCACCUUCUGCCCAUUGCCAUCAUCUUCUGCACCAGCACCAGCUCCUGCACCUUCUUCUGCACCAGCACCAGCUCCUGCUCCUGCUCCAGGACAAUCUUCUGCUCCAGCUCCAGCUCCAGCUCCAGAGUCCUCUGCUCCAGCUCCAGCUCCAGCUCCAGAGUCCUCUGCUCCAGCUCCAGCUCCAGCUCCAGAGUCCUCUGCUCCAGCUCCAGCUCCAGCUCCAGCACAAUCUUCUGCUCCAGCACCAGCUCCAGCACAAUCUUCUGCUCCAAACACCGUUGCUGCUGAAUCAUCUGCCGCUCCAGCUCCAGCUCCAGCUUCUGAACAACCAACCACCCAAAGUACUGUUGCUGCUGAAUCAUCCUCAGCUCCAGCUCAAGGUUCACAAGCACCAUCCGUCUCAGCAGUUUCCGAAGCUGCUGGUGCCGCCAAGUCAGUUUCAUUUGUUGCCGGUGUCUUGGCCAUGGCUGCAGCUUUGAUCUAA